UAUUAUUCACUUCGUUUAAUAUGUAGCAUGGUUUGUACACUGUGUGCCUUGCAGUUCUUCUCAGUGUUCUAAUUUAAUGUUUAAUUAAUGUCAUUUUACUUUUAGCCAGUCCUGUCCUGACUGUCUUGGUAACUCCCCUCCUAGCAACAGAGCAUUGCUGUGUGUUUGUGUAUCCAGGGCACACCGGGUACUGGCUGAUUGUCAUGGCUGUCUCCACUUAAUGCUGCAAACAUAUUGCUGUUUUCAUUGUAUUUGGAGUUUUUUUUCAUUUUCAAGUCCCACAUGUAAAAGGUAAUAUUAGACGUGUGUCAUCUUAAAAGAAGAUCGCUGUGUGUAAAUACCAUUGAGAAUGGCAGAAGAUAGUAGGAGAGUGGAUGAGGAUGAUCAUGGUCCAGGAGCUGUCUUUCAGACAUUUGUGCUUAUGGAAGAUUUAUUUGACAAACUGAAAUUGCUUAACUAUGAAGAGGAGGUUUUGAUGAAACUCAACAUUAAGCCAGUCUCCAGGCACUAUUUUGCUUUACCAACAAAUUCAGGGGAGCAGUUCUACAUGUUCUGCACUAUCGCAGCUUGGCUAAUAAACAAAGCUGGACGACGCAUCGAACAACCACAGGAAUAUGAUGACCCCAACUCCACAAUAUCUAAAAUUCUUUCAGAAUCCCGAUCAUUUGGUAUCAAUGCAGAUUUCCCACCUUCCAAGUUAAAAGCAGGCUAUGGAGGAGAAGUAUGCUACAUUCUUGAUUCCUUAGCGGAAGAGGUGUUAAAAAAUACUGGAUUUACUUGGAAGAGGCCCACAUACCCAUCAGAAGAACAAGGUGAAGAGACUAUAUUGGAGGAUGAUGCCGAGUUAACUCUGGACAAAAUUGAAGAUCAAAUUGCAGAAGAUGAUUCGGAUAAUGAAGAAGACCACUUUAUAGAUUUAAACAUUCUCAAAGCACAGACCCAAAAACUGGACUCUGGGGAUUCUUCAAAACCAGAUGAUAUUUUGGAGUCUGUGACAGAUGCAGCAGAAUGGAAUCUGGAAGUGGAGCGUGUUCUUCCUCAGCUCAAAGUAGUAAUAAGAACUGACAACAAAGACUGGAGAGUUCAUGUUGAUCAAAUGCACCAGCAUAAGGAUGGAAUUGAAACGUCAUUAAAAGAAACAAGGGGCUAUCUUGACAAGCUUCACAAUGAGAUCAGCAAAACUUUGGAGAAAGUGGGCAGUCGUGAGAAGUACAUCAAUAAUCAGCUGGAUCCCUUGGUCCAGGAAUAUCGGGUUGCUCAGGCCAAAAUGAGUGAGGUAAAAGAUCAAUAUCAACAAGUAACUGGAAGGGUAACAGAGAAGACUCGGAUCCUAUCAGAGAUCACAGAAGAAUUAGAAAAAAUAAAACAGGAAAUUGAAGAAAAGGGAAGUAGCAUGACCGAUGGAGCUCCACUGGUGAAAAUUAAACAAGCAUUAACAAAGCUAAAACAAGAAUCUGUUGAAAUGGAUAUUCGGAUCGGUGUACUUGAACAUACACUUCUUCAAUCAAAACUUAAGGAAAAAUCUAAUAUGACUCGUGAUAUGCAUGCAACAAGCAUUCCUGAAUCGUCUGUUGGAGUCUUUUAGAUAAAAUCCUUUCUAAAUUAUUUGUGCUGUGUAAUUUUCUACACUACAUUAAAUUAAAUGUGUUU